AUGGCCGGCACGUCUCCCACCAGACGGUCUUCCCGGGCGCGAACAACCCAAUCACAAUCACACCAUUCUUCUGCGAAUUCUAGCUCAUCAGGGCGGGCUGAGCGAACCACCAGAGGCUUUGUAAAGACUGGGUCGCCUCACAAGUCCUCGGGCACUGGUUCGCUCUCGUCUGAACCGCCCGAGGAUUCUACCCCAACUACUGCGAGUACUGACGAUACUGCCCUCCUCCGCCGACGAAGCACACGCGGCAAAGACGAAGACAGAGAUAAACAGCCCAAGAUGGAGCAGCUUGACAUUGCUAUCACGAGCGACGAUAACGAGAUCCAGGAAGAGGACGAAGCGGUGCGCUGUGUCUGCGGCUUCGACGACUGGCCAGGACCACCACAAUUCGAUGAUGAGCUCAAGGAUUUUGCGCUCAAAGACGCAAUUGACCUUGAACCUAUAUACUCAGUUGUCGAAAUCACUUCUGACAAUGACAUGGCCGGCUUCUUCGUCCAGUGCGAUAUUUGCAAAGUCUGGGAGCACGGCUUAUGCGUGGGCAUUGUCACCGAGGAGUCCUCGCCGGACGAAUACUAUUGCGAACUCUGUCGAAAAGACCUACAUAAAGUUUUCACAGCAAGCAACGGACAAAAGUAUUCCGUUUACCUACCCAUCCAUCGACCAUCACGGAGUACCUCCCGAGCGACGUCGACAGCCAAAGAUGGUACACGGUCGCCGAAGAGCACCGAUCGCAAGUCGUCGCGCGCAUCUGCGGCGGCACAGUCGUCUUCUGCGAAACGACGUUCGACAAUGAAUAGUCGGGACGCUGCCUAUGAUGAAGAGGAGCAGCUCCGUCGCGCCAUUGAGGCGAGCAAGGAAGACACCAUCGUCGAAGAACCAGAGCUACUGACCCGUCGUGCGAAGCGAAUCCGGGACGAGGACGAAGAGUGUGUUUUUCAUGAUUCCUGCAACCGGGCUCGCAUUCCGAGUACAACCGCUGACUAUAGGCCUUGUAGGCAACUUGUGAACAUCAAGCGCCAGCGGACGAAUUCCAAAUCCCCGUCGCCUCUGGGUGCCCAGGCUCUUCUGGCCAGCCGAGAAGAUUCCGACGAGGAGGACGGCGUCCGGAACGGAGCUUUGAAGAAAGCAACCCGCAACGUCGCGCGCACUCACCGAGAAAGAACCGAGCGUGACGAGCGCCGCGAGGAACAGGAACGCAAACGGGCUGAGGCGGCUAGCAAGCGCAAAGGCCGGGCUGAGCGUCGACGAGCUGAUGGUAUUACCGCAACAACAACAAUCGUGGUCAAGGUGUCUGAAGCUGAUAUGGAUGUGGAUAUAGACUCAGAUCCAUCAGAAGAAAUACCCCUGGCAGCUCGCGUGGCCGCGAACCGGACUACCGAAUCGGUACAACCUCCAGAUCCCCCGGCCUCGUCACAACCGGUCCCAGACACGCCACCCGCGGAGAAGGUACCAACGAGCUCUCAUAAAAGGAAGGCCGCGUCGCAGCACAAGAAGGGCAAGGGUCGAAAUCAGUACACCAAGGAUCGUGAUAUGCAGGAGAAUGAGGAUACGCCCGCGAGAUCCAUGUCUCGCGAGAUCGCGCGCAAUGCCGAUGAAAACGUCGCAACUCAUACGAAGUCUUCACUACAUGAAGGGCCCGGUAAACACAGCAGCAGAGCCAAAGGAGGCAUGAACUCCAAGAUCACCAUGAGUGACUUGAAACGACGCGCGAACAACAUCUUGGAAUUUAUUACGAGAACACAAGUUGAACUGGCAAACGAGCCACUAUCGGAAAAGAACAGUCCUCGCCACGGUAACACGGAUGACGGAAGUACGGGCAAAGUACGAGCGAUGCAACCCAAUGGUGGAGAUGCCAGCAAAGAAAACACACCAGUCGAGAGUGGCACUGCGAAUUUAGCAUCAACCACCCCUGCCGUGCCCAUGAAGGACUUCAAGGAAUUGGACUGCGUCGAGAUGAUGGACGCGCUUACGAGGGACCUGGUGAAAUGGCAGCAAGAAUUUGUGUCGUGA